CAUGGGAACAAACAAGUGGCAUGGUCAAAAAUGGAAAAGUGAGCGCGCCGGCUAUCAUUUUCCACGCCCAGGAUGGGGUGGCAUCGGCCAGCGAGGAAUCAUGCAAGAAGUCAACAGAGGAUCUAUUCGUACGGAGUCUCCGUCCUCUCAAUACGGCAGUUAUUCCCUCCCUGGCCAGAUGGAGAGAACAUGUUGGAUUUUGGAGAAGCCCCAAGGAUGCAGAGGCCCGCAAAAGACAUCCCCAUUUUGCGGAGCUGCCCACCAUCCUAUAGUUAUCAUAUCCUUUUAUGAAGGGGACGGUGAAGGAUUUGCUUCCAGCAGUUCUCAUGGACCGAUACUCCGUAGACACUAGCUGCACAGCUAAAGGAGUUUACAAGUGAGUUCAUUGCUGGCGUUCCAGCCUGAGCAUACGGAGCAUGUACACCGUACAAGCGGAAUGAUACUCGUUACGGACUACUCGGCCAUGGUCUUAACGCAUCCUGCGGGCUCUGGGUGCAUGCCUCUAGAUGCACUUACCUAUGGAUACGGCCUAUCGCUAGCUUUCUUCUUGACCAA